AUGGGAAAUUGUAAAUCUUAUUCCUCUCAUUUUAAUGUGUAUAAAAGCAGCACAAAUGAGUUAUAUGAAAACAUAAUAUGUAAUUUUGUCACACAGGAUAAAUUAUUUUUCUGUCAGAAAGCAUUUGUUGUAUAUGAAAUCUUAAAAAAAAAACUUGAAAAUAGAGAUGUAUACGUUUAUUAUUUUGUAAGCUCCAUUCAAAGAAAGAAAGUGAAAAAUGCAGUAGUAUAUUUAAAUGAAGAUUACAAUGUCGAUGUUUUGAAUUUUUUUUUAAAAUUAUUUAAAAAAAUUAAUAAUGAAUAUUAUAACAAUAUGUUUAAUUUUCAUUUGAGUAGUUAUUAUAACUACUUUUUUCGUGAAGACACAAAAUUUACUAAUUUUUCUGAACAAAUGAAUAUAUUAGAAAAUAUUUAUAAUUUUAUACGCUUGAAAUUUGUAAUAGAAAAUGUUUGUUUACAUGUAUAUUUUCAAAUGUGUGAUAACUCCAAUGAAUAUUAUGAAAUGAUCGAUAAUUCUUCAAAUGAAAAAUCAAAUAACAAUGAAAUUAUAAAGGGGAAAUCAAAUGAAUCAUUACAAUUAAAUAAAAAAGUAAUGGGUAUAUCAAUAGAGAAAAAAAAAAUUAUAAAUUUAAUAAAAAAAAAUUUUAAAACAAUAAGAAAUUUUUGUAGAAAUAAUUUGCAUUGUAAUAUGUUUGAUAAUUUUAAAAUGUCAAGUGAUAUGUGUUUAUAUAUAUUACUUAAUAAUUAUAAAAUUAAAUGUAUUUUAUACAAUAUGUUUAAUAUUUUAAUCUUCAUAAAUAAUUAUUAUAACGUAAGUACAAAGUAUGGUGUUUACAAAGAUUCAGAAACAGAAACAGAAACAGAAAAUAUGCAUUCAAAAAAAUUAUUUAACGAUAAGUUAAUUUAUUCGUUGGAACAUAGAAAUAUAUAUAAAACAUACUUAUUCAUUUGUUUAUGUCUUAGCUUUGAUGAUAAAAAUGAAGAAGAUUCAUUAUUUAACACACAUAUUAAUGUAAAUAAAAAUGAAAUAAGUUUCACUGAAUGUGUUAGUGAAUUUUUAGAUAUAUAUAUUUCAGAAAAAAAAUUGAAUAAUCUUUUUUCACAAGAAAUUAAAGAAAAAAAGAAAUAUCAGUGCUUUUUAAAUUCCUUACAAAAUUCAUAUAUCAAUGAUAGUUUAAUAAAUUCUCAUUAUAUAUGUCAAAAUCAAUAUAUAAAAAGUAUAUUAAAUAUUGGAAAUAGUAACUAUUUCAUAAAUAAUAAUAUGAUGGUUUUCUGUUUUAUAUUAUUUGAAAAUUCACUUCAUGAAUUGCCAUCUACAAAUAAUAAAUCAAAUAUUUCUGAUCAUUAUAGUAAUUCAUUUACUGAAAUUAAUAAAGUUUCUUUUUUGAAAAAAAUUAGAUCAAAUAAAAAUAAAUCAACAUUAACAAGAAAAAUUUGGCAAAAAAUAUUACGAAAUAAUAAUUUUGCAGAAAACGUUGAUAAUAAUGACGAAGAUAAAUCAGAAAUAAAAGAUUAUCCUUCAAAUUCUGAUAUAAAAAAAAUUAAUAAUAUAGAAUUUGAUUUAAAUAAUGUAGGAUUUUUUAGAAUUGAUUUAUACAAUCUUAGAUAUAAAAGUGAUGGAAAAUUUUAUGAUAAUGUAGAGAAUUCUAUAAAAUUAUAUACUAUUAAAAAAAAAAAAAAUAGUUAUAUCUAUGUAAAAAAAAAGCCUGAAAAUAAAGCUGAUUACAGAAUGAUAGAAACUAUAAAAGAUAAUUAUACGCACGUAAUCAAUGUUUUAAAGACGAUGAGGAACAAAGAAAUAUGUUAUAUUUCAGGUGUAAAUGAUUUCAAUGAAUCAUACUAUAAGACAAAAAAGGAAAAUGAUACAAAAGUAAAUAAAAGUAGUACACAAACUGAAUGCAAAGAUUAUUCAUGUAAAUCUGAACGUAGUGAUAAAACAUAUAAAACAGAAACAAUAAAUAUUAAUUCAAAAAACAAAAAUUAUUUUAAUCGCAUGAAUUCUGAUUCGAAAAUAUAUUUAACUGAAGAAAAUAACACUCUAAUUUCAAACGAAAAUGAAAUUAUAAAAUCAAAUUGUCAUGGAGAUAUAUCACAAGAAUAUGAAAAAAAAUUUAACCCAAGAAAUAAAUUAAAAAAGCCUUUUUUUAUAGGUAUACACGACACAUUUGUUCCUUUUGAGAUAGAAAAUUUGAUAUUCAAACUAAAAGAUUUCUACAACACUGAUGAAGAGAUAAUUAAAAAAAAAAAUAAUAUAUAUAAAGAAGAAUUACACAACAAUAUGAGAACUUGUUCAAAACAAAAAGAACACAAUUCAAUGCACGUAAGUAAAAAGGAAAAAGUAAAUAAAAAAAUAAAAAGAAAUAAAAAAAAUGAAGCACAAUUAGAAAAAGGGACAAUGGAUCAGAACGUAAAUACAAAAGAAAAUAGCUGUGCUGAAUAUGAACAUGUAGCUAAGAAAGAAGAUAAUAAAUUUAAAUUUGUAAGUAAAAAGGAAAGUAUAUUUAAAAGUGAAAAUAGAAAUUUAGUAGAACAAGAUUUAGUAAAUAAACUUAAGGAUGAAUAUAAAGAAAUAAACGAAGAAAAAGAUAAAGAAAAUUUAAAUUUGGAAGAAAUAUUUAAUUUUAGAAAUAAUUCAGAUACAUUAAAUUUUAAUGAAAUAUAUGAAAACCCUAUUUUUUUAAAAUUAUUGAAAAAUCUUAAAAAUGAAGAAAAUUUACAAAAUGUAUUAAAAAAUUAUAAUAUCAUAUAUGAAAGUAAAAAAAUUCAAGAAUUUUUAAAUAAGAUUGAAACUUAUAGUAAAAAGAAAAACAAUAAAGUUAUGACAACAAAUAAAAAUAAUAAUUAUUCAGAAGUUUUUUCAAUAGAUAAUAUGGAAACUAUUAAAGAUGAAAAAAAAGAUGUAAAUAUUAAUAAAAAGGAAGAAAAAGAAAAAGAGAAAGAAGAAGAAGAAGAAGAAAAAAAAAAAAAAAACUAUUCAGAAGUUGAUCAAAUGAAUGUAGAAAAUUGUGAAGAAAAAUGCGAAAAGAAAAAUAUUGAUUUUUUGAAAGUAUUUAUUCAACAUAAAGAUAUUGGAGAAAUGAGUUACUUUGUGAAUAAAAAAUAUAUAAAUAUUUCUUUUAGUAUGUUUAAGGUACAUGAGGGAACAAAAAAAUUAAUACUUAGUACAUAUAUUAAUUCAGAAAAAUUAUCUCCUAAAAAUUAUUAUGAAGGAAAUAUUGAUUAUAAUAUUACACUGAAUAAAAAUGAAUCUUUUAAAUAUAUAAUGGAUUUGUUGUUUUUACAUUUAAAUUAUAAUAGGUUAUAUUUUAUAUAUAUCCCAAAAAAGCUAAUAGAUUCUAAUAAUAUGAAAUACCAGAAUAAUUUAUUCAUAAAUAAAAUGUGCUGCAAUUGCGAUAUUAUAUUAGAAAAUCUAUAUAUUACACCAGGUGAUUUGAUUGGUAGUUAUUUAACGAAUAAUUAUAUAUCCAUUUAUUUUGAAAAAAUUAAUUUUAUAACAAUUGUUUUACUUCUUUUAUUUGAUGUAAUAAAAAUUUAUAACAAAAUAAAAAAACUACAAGAUUAUUUUGAAGGCAUAUGCAAAAAAUUUAUGAAAGAUUUCCAUGACUAUUUUGACACAAAGUUAAAAAAAGUGAAUUAUGAUUCAUGUAAAAUAAAAAAAAAGAAUAUAUUAUCAAUUCCUAAUGAACUGUUAAAAAAAAGAAAUGUUAAAAAAUAUGAGCACAGUUUAUUAAGUAAUGGUAUUCAUAUUUCUUCUCUGAGGCGUCAUUCUAAUUUUAAUGAGAAAUAUAUAAGCACAAAAGAAGAUAAUAAUUUAGAUAUAAAAUCUCUAAUUAUUAAUGUUUCUUCUACAUUAAAUUCAGAAAACUGUACAAAUAAUAUCAAUAAUAAUAAUAACAUUAAUGGCAAUAUUAAUAAUAACGAUAAUAAUACUCUAUUUAAUAAUUUUUAUUUAAAUAAAACAAAUAAUGAAAAUCCAUUUGAUAUUGGAUAUAAAUAUAAAAAUAUAUAUAUAAAAAUAAUUGAUCUAAAAUUUUAUGAAUUUAUUAUAAAUUAUAUUAAUUACAUAAAAGAGAAUAAUAGUUGUUAUUAUUUAUGUCCAUAUAUAUUUGUUUACAAAUUUAAAAGUCUACAUUUCCUUUUUAUUCCAGUAUGUAGCAACUUUUAUUUAAUUUUCUACCUCUUUUUCUUCCAUUUUCUUAAUUGUUCAAACUUUUUUAAUAUUAGAAGAUGUUUUAAUAGAAAAAAUAAUCAUGAAGAUAUUUCAAAAAUGAAUUCUAUAUUACCUAGUAAUAAUAAUUUUUUGUAUAUUAAUAAUAUAAUUAAAAUAUUAAAUGUUCAUAAAAAUAGUAAAACAUUUAUUAAAUAUAUUUCUUUAAAUAAACAAAUAGGGAGUCAAAAUACUAUGCAGUACUAUAAAUGGAUAAAAAAUAAUAUCAUUAUUGACAUUAGAAACUCAUUUUCUUCACCCUAUUUUCUUCGUACGAAGAAUUUUUCCAAUUUUAUUGAAAGUACAAAUUUACAUAUAAAUCUAAAGAAGUUAUAUUUAAAUAAAGAUUAUAUGUUUUCCUUUAAAUUGGAUAAAAAGAAUAAGCAAUAUGAAAAAUUUUCAAACACUAAUGAUAUUGUAUACAUGUUUAAUCAUUAUUUUAAUAUUUUUACGUACUUUUAUGAUGAAAAAAAAACUAAUAGAAAUAAAGAGUUAUUUUAUCAUAGUAAGUACAUCAUUAUUCCAUAUUUUGAAGACAUAUAUAUAAGCAGAAAUAAUUUACAAAUGUAUUUGAAAAUGCUUCAAGAUACAAGUAAAACUUGUUUUAAAAGUGAUAAUUCAUACAUAAAUCAAAAUCAGAAAAAAGAAUAUGAAAAAACUAAAAAAGAACAAAAUAAUGGAGAUAUAGAUAAAGAAGAGCAAGUGCAAAUUCACAAACAUUCUUUUAUAUAUAAUAUAUAUGAAAAGUGUAGUGAUAUUUUUAUAAAUUAUUUCUAUAUGCUAUUAAAUAAAUUGAUACUAGAAGCAGUAAGUGAAUUAAAAUCAAAUAAUUUUAUAAGCAUUAGCCAUCUCUUAAAUUUAUUAGAUAAAUAUGAAGUAAAUUUUGAUAUUUAUUUUUGGGUAUUAUAUGAUAAUUAUAUAAAUAUUUACAAAAAAUACUAUGUUCAUGCAGAACUAGUAAAAUUUUUCAAUAAUAAUAAUAGAAAUAAAACAUAUGAUUUUGAUUACUUAAAAAAAAUAAAAUAUAAUCACUGUAAUAAAAAGAAAUUUUAUAUGAGAAGGAUUUUAAUAUUUUCAGUAUGCAUAUUAGUAUCCUUUAUUUGUAAAAGUAUUUUUGAGUUUUUUGUAAUAAACUUAAAUUAUUCAUACGAAUAUGUAUUGAGUAGCAUAUGUUUCUUCUUUUUUUCAAGAAACACGAGAGAGAAAAUAAAUGAUGAUAUGUACUUGAAUAUUCUAAAAUCUAUAUAUUUUAAUUUAUUUUUAUCACUAAGCUUUGUUUUACAAUAUAUUCCCUUAAGUGUUCAAUAUUUAAGUUUAUUUAAAAUUAUAAAAAAGGUUAAGAAAUAUAAAACUACCUUAUCUAUUUGUCUAAAUUAUGUUUGUGGUAUAAAUUUACCUUUUUACAUUUUUUAUGAACUUCAAAAUUUUCCCUUUACUUUGCUAAAUAAUUUUUUUGCAUUUGAAAAAGAAAAGUGGGAUGUAAAUGUUAAAAAUUUGGAAUUAACAGAUUCAAUAAAUAUCAAUAAGUUUAAAGAAAAUUAUUAUGAUGAAUUUAAUUUUAAAAUUAAUAAUGAAAAGGAAAAAAUAGACUGGAUUAAUGAAAAUCUUGAUUCUAAUAUUUCUAAUGAUUCUUUACGUUUUUUCAAAAGUAAAAAGGUAAAUAAGAAAAUUUAUAAAUGCUUUCAUCGUAAUUAUGAAAAAAAUAAAAAUAUAGAUCUUAUAAAUUUCAUUAUAAAAAUGAAUUUUAUUUCAUGCUUUAAUAUCUUUAAGUUUCAUGAUAUUCAACAUUCCUCAAAUAAUAUACUUAGUUGCUUCACUUAUAGUGGUCUUCAGUACUUUAAGCGAAAUUGUAUACAUGAUGAUUUAUCUAUGUUAAUUUUUUCUAAUUUUGUUAGUUUUAUGUCAUUUUGGAAUAGAAGUAAUUAUGAUAUAAAUGAAUAUCAAAACUCAAAGAGCUUUAGUUGUUCAAAUCAUGAUAGUGAUGAUUUAAAAAAAUGUUCACUAAAUCAGAAGUUAAAUAAGUUUACAAUAAAGAAAAAAUUAGAAUAUUGUGAAACAAAUGAAUAUUUAAAAGAACCAACUAUGUUAUUAGAAAAUUAUUAUAGUUUAAUUAAAGUCAAUAGUGAUUUAUUCACUUAUGAAUAUAAUUUAAAGGAAAAAAUAAUUUUCGAUAUUUUGCUAAAAAUAAUAGAAAUACGAUACAGAUAUUUACUAAUAAUUUUGCCAAUAUUUGUAAAAGAAAAUUUUAACCUGUUAACUGAUGAUUUAAAAAUUUAUUUAAUAAAUAUAUUUUUUUUUAUUUUUAUCAGAAUAGAUAAAUAUAAAAUACACAAAAGGAAGAAAAAAGAUAAAAUAGAAAAUUUCAGUAAAGUAGAUAAAUACUGUUUUAAUAAGAAAGAAAAUAAUAGUGUAUUCCAUUUUAAAAGAAAGAAUAAUGUUUUAAAUAAUAAAGAUUCAGAUAAUUUUCUCUUGAGUUCAUUUGAUUUAUCAAAAGAUGAUUAUUUUGAAAUAAAAAAAAAAGAAAAAUUAGGUGACGAAAAUGAGAAUAGAAAUGAAUAUGAAUAUGAAAAAAUACAUGAAAUUGAAGCUGAAAAUGAAACAGACUAUGAAAUUGACACAGAAGCGGAUACAGAAACAUAUACAGAAACAGGUACAGAAACUGACACAGAAAUAGAAAAUAGAAAAGAAAAUGAAAAUAUAGAUGAGACAUACUUUGACAAUGAAGAAAGUUCAUUCAGUAAUUUUAAAGAUCAAAUAAAAAUUAUUUUAUUAGAUAAUUAUUAUAAUCUCUACCUAAUAGAAUUUUUCCUUAAAAUUGCUUUAAGAAUAAUUCCAUUUUAUAAUAUAAGGAACAAAAAUAAACAGUUAAAUGUGCAUAAAUCAUCAAUUAUAUACAACUUAAAAAUAAUAGUAAGUUUCUUAAUAUCAUUUAAAAAUAUUAUUUUAUCAAUGAAAAAUAAUUUCUAUGUAUUUAUUUAUUAUUUUUUCAUAAAAGGGUAUAUAUCUCUAAUUUUGCUAAAUGUGCAUAGAGCUUUUAAGUAUUUUAAAAAAAUAUUUCUUCUUAUAAUAUUUUUUUUUGGAAAUCCUAUAUUCUCAUUAAAUUACCACCCAUUUCUAAUAUAUGUUACUUAUAUUUUAUAUGUUUUAACCAUUUUAUUGAAGUUAAAUAUGGUAAAUUUUUAUGAAAAUGUAAAUAAAAGAGAAAAAAAAAUGAUUGAUGGUAAUAAUGAAAAUAUAUGUGUAGAUGAUAAUAAUAUUGAGGGAUUGAACAAUGAUCAAUUACACAGUAAUGAAAAGAUCAACUCAGAUAACGUUUGGCUAAAGCAGAAGUAUGAAAUAUGGAUGUAUUUGGAAAUAAUUCGUAAAAUUAAAAGGAACUACAUAAAAUUUAAUAAUAACAUUUAUUUAGUACCUUUGAAUUAUUCUUUUAUAAAUAUGAAAAAAAUUUUUAAAAAACACACAGAAGAAAAACUAGUUGGAAAAUACGGAAAUAUAAACAAUAAUAAGAUAGAGAAAAAUUUUAAUAAAAAAAAAAAUAAUAAUAUUUUUUUAUUAAGAGAGUUAAAUAUAAAUGAUAAGCCAAUAGAUAAAAAUUUACCUAUAAACAUUAAUAAUAAUUUUGUAUCAUUAUAUCCAACAGUUAAAAAUGUUAAAGUUCCAAGAGUUUAUCUUAUAGGAAAUAUUAAUAAAUCAUUUUUAUUAUCUAGUGAUUAUGAAAAAGAAAAAAAUUUAGGAAACCAUAAGAUUCCUGCAAAAAUAAAAAGUAAUAAUUCUAAAGAAAUGAAAGAAAUUAAAUACCAAAAUAAAGAAAAAGAAGACAACGAGCAACUAAAACAUGAAAGGGAACAAAAACAACAAAACCAAAAAGAAAGAAAAGAAAAAGAAAGAAAGAAAAAAAAAAAAAAAAAUGUACUUACAAACCUUAAUAUGUUUCCAAUAAAUAAUUUCCCUUAUGAACAAUUUGAAUCUAUAAGAGAUGAAAAUAAUAAAUCGAUACAUGGGCUCGUUGAUAAAAAAGAUAUAAGUAAUUUAUUAUUAUAUAACUUGAUAUAUAUUAACAAAAUGAAUAGGAAAUUAAAUAAUUGCAAUUUUGUUUUUUUUAAUUUUAAAUAUUGCAAUUAUAAGAAAAUAAUUUCUAAUGUCAAUAAUUACUAUAAAAUGAUAUUAGAAAAUUUCAAGAGAAAAUUAUGUGAAAAUUAUUAUGCCUAUACUUUUGGAAACAAUGAAGAUGGAAUACUUGCUAUUGGAAAACCUUCUUACUUAAAGUUAACUCCAACUAUUGGAACAAUAGGAUAUGAGAAAAAUAAGAAGAGUGUAAAAAAAGGUACAGAUUUUUGGUUUACAAAUAAUUUACAAUUAAUUCCUAUUAAAAUUAAAAAAAUAUGUAUGAACGAAAAUAUGAUUUCUAUAAUUGAUAAGAAGCAUAAUUUAUAUAUUUCUGGAAAUAAUACAUUUAUUGAAACAAAAAAUGAACUACUUUUUAAAAAUAAAAAUGGAAGAUCAAAAGAUAAAGAGAAGGGAAAAAAUAUAAAAAAUGAUUCAAUAUAUACUAAUAAUAAAAUAAAAAUUGAUAAUUUUUUUGUAAAUUUAAGGUUAAAAAAGAUGAAAAAAUAUGAAAAGAACUAUGAUUAUAAUAGCACAUCUUGCAGUAGUGAUAAUCUUGUAUUUGGAAAUUCAUUGAAAAAUAAAGGGAUCACAAAUGUUUUAAAUCCAUAUAUUCAAAAUGAAGAAAUAGAUGAAUUUUAUAAAAAAAAUGAAAAUAAAAAUAAAAUUAUGUAUAACUCUAACUUAUGCGCGUCAUUUAAUUUAAUAUCCGAUAACUUUAGUUCAUGCAGAAGUGAUAUAUUAUCUUCUUUUGAUAGUGAAGAUAGUGAUAAUACAUACAUUAAAGUUAACGACAAGGAAGAAAUAAACAAAAAUAUGAAUGUAAGUAUUUUAUUAAAAAGUGAAAAAGAUAAGUCUUUUUAUGUAAAAAAGAAAAAUUACUCUUUAAAAAAAAUUUCAAUAGAUGAUUUUAAUAUUUAUAACAGUGUAUUAUAUUCUUCUUCAUAUGCAAAUCAGUAUUUAACGCACAUUUUACCAAAUCAGAGAUCAUCUAUCAAAUCACUGAAGAGAUAUUUUAAACAAACUUCCAGUGAAUUUAAUAAAGAAAAAAUCAGUACUAAAUUUAAACAAAAAUCAAAAGAAAACGUAGAUGAAGAAAAAAUGGAUUAUGAUGAAUAUGAAUAUCCAAAAAAAAAAAAUUUACAAGAACAAGAAAGAAGAAAAUUGGAUAAAGAAAGUCAUAAGAAAAAUGGAACAAAAGUAAAAAAUGAAAAAAUAUUACUAGAUAACAACCAAAAUAACAAUAAAUUCAUAUAUAAUUUUAUAUAUGACAUAAAAACAAGAAUCAAAUUUAUUGAUAUUUUUAAUGGCUCAGAUUUUGUUAUAUCAAUAAAUAAUUUUGGUCAUGUAUAUUCAUGGGGAAAUAAUAAAUAUGGAUGUUUAGGAACUGGUGAUAAUAUUAAUAGAUAUGCUCCUACCUUAAUUGAUCCUGGUCAUUUUUUUUUGUAUGAUUUUGAAAAAUUGCAAAUACAUACAAAUUAUAAAACAGAAAUAAAAGUAAAGGGAGUAGAAAAUAUAAAUAACAGAUGCUGUGAGAAUAUUUUAUAUAAUUCCUUAAUUUUGGAAACAAUAAAAAAUAAUAUUCAUAAUAAGAAUAUAAAUUCACAAAAUAGUUUAAAAGAAUCUAGUGUGAAAUUUAAUGAAGAUGGUAAAUUUUCUAAUUCUAACAAUUUUAUAGAUGUAAAUAAAUGUAAGGAUGAAGAUUUCUUUACAUUAAAAACAGAUAAUAUUUAUACAUCAGAACAUAUGUUCAAUUUUGAAAACCUAGAAAUCAAAAAUAUAACUAUAAGUGUACAUAAAAUAUAUGUUCCUAUUAGUUCUAUUUUUUGUGGCAAUAAUCAUGUUUGUGCAUAUUCUAAUGGAUCUGUAUUUAUGUGGGGUGAACAAAAAUUAGGCCAAACAUCUAUUCCUUUUGAAAAUAUUUAUUUCGAUAAUUUCAAUAAAGCUCAAUUUUCGGAUAGCGAUUCAACUUAUAAAAAAAAUAAAAAUGAAAAAAAAGGAGAUGAGAAAAAUAAAAAUUCAGAACUUUUAUCUUCUUCUACUAUGUCUGAGGAUUACUACUUUCAUAUGAUGCAUAAGAAGAAACUAGAAGAUGGAAAAAAUAAGUUUAACAAAAAUAAAGUUUUAUUUUGCAAAAAAAAAUUCAGUUUUAAUGUUGAAAAUCCAAUUCAAAAUUAUUUUAACAUAACAAAUAAUGAUAUACUUCUUAAUAACAGAAAACUAAGAUUGUGUUCCAACUUAAACUCAAUAAAUAUAAAAAGAAAAAAAAUUAAUAAUGAUUUAGUUCUUGUACCAGUUCAAGUUUGUUUAUUUAACUUGUCCUACAGAAUUAAAAAAAAUGAAAACAAUAUAGAUAAUAAAUAUAUUAUCGUCGAUUAUGGUGAACCCAUAGCUAAAAGUAAUGAAAAUUUAAAAAACACAAAUUAUAAUUUCCCCAAUUUUAAAUGUUCUGACGAUGAUAAUAAUAAUAAAAUUAAUAAAAAGACACAAAAAAAUUUAGAAAAAACAAAUAUAAAAUCUAAAAAUAAAUCCAAAUAUGUAAGAGUGUAUGAUUACUUAGAAACAUUUAUAAAAGCCGAAGUUGUCAAUAUAUAUAUGAGCCUUUUUAGAAAUGAUAUUAAUAUUUACACUAAUAUUCCUAAUAACAUUAAUAUAAAUCCUUACAUAUAUAGAAUGAAAUUUUAUGAUUACAACUUUUAUGACGAAAAUUAUAUGAAUGUCCAAGAUGGUUAUGAAGAUGAAUAUGAUGAAACAAGAUAUAAAAAAGAAUUUAUUGACAACACUAAUAAAAAUUUACAUUUUUCAAAUGAAAAUGAUUAUGUUGUCCAUGAAGAUACAAAUAAAAAAUUAGAUAAUGAAAAAAAUAUUGAUCAAAAUGAAGGAAAUUUCUUAAAAUCACAAAAAAACAUAAAUAUACUUAAUAUGGAUGACCCUAAUAAAUUUGUUCAAUUGAUGAAAGAAAAUAAAAUUAUUAAUCCACAAAUAUAUGAAUACAUUGAAAAAGAAGAAACUGUAUGUAUCAACAUUAAAUUAAUUAUUUUUUUAUUUUUAUUUAUAAAAAAAAAGUAUAUGACAAUUUUCUUGAAUAGUCUUAUGAUGGUAUCAAAUGUAUCUUGUGGUGAAGCAAAUACUGUAAUAACAUGCUUCAAAAAGAGCAUUUAUGACAAAUAUUAUCAAUACAUAAUGAAAAAUAUUACUUGUUCAGAAAAUUACAAGCAUUUGGAAAAUGAAAAAUUGCAGUCAAAAUUAAAUUUAACUUUUCCAGAAUAUGAUUUAAACUCUUCAAGUGAAAAAAGUAAAUUUAUUUAUAGAAAUGAUAUAUAUGACACUAAAAAUUACACAAGUACAAUAGUGAAUUGGGGAGAUAAAUCAUUUGAUGAAUAUAAUAUUAUGAAUUCAACUCUGUCAUGUUCCGAUACAUCACGUUUUAGUCGUAUGAUAGAAGAAAUAUUAGCAAAUUAUAUGUGUAUUUAUGUAUGUGGCAGGGAUACCAAUAAUAAUUUGUGCAUAAAUAACAUUAAUCAAAGUGUGUACACAUUCACCAGAAUUACUAAUAACUUUUUCUAUUAUAAUUUUAAUUAUUUUUUAUUUCUCUAUAAAUACAAUUAUUAUCUUUAUUAUAUUCAUAAGAAUAAUGUUCAUAUUAGUCAUAACAAUGAUAUUACUUAUAUACAAAACAAUCCUCUUACCUCCUUUAAAAAUAAAUUUAACACCUUUACAACUAAAGAAAAUAAUAUAAAUGUAACUAGUUCUAAAGCUCAAGGCGUUUCACCAAAUAAAUUUAUAAUUAUAAAAAGAAUUGUAUGUAGUAAUACCGUUACAUGUCUUGUUGACACAUAUAAUAAUGUUUACAUGGCUGGAGACGUAAAAUAUUAUUUUCCUAACUUUUUUCAUCACAUAGCUUAUGCAUCAUCACCUUUUAUAAAAAUAAAUUUGAAUAAUACAAAAACGAUAAAAAAUAUAUCAUUUAACCAAAAUAAUAUAUUUUUAAUAUAUGAUGAUCAUUCUUUUGAAAUAUUGGGUUAUAAUGAUUAUAUUGAUUUCUUUAAAUAUAUUCAUCCUAUAUUUUUUACUAAUAAAUAUAGGCAAAAGCACUCAUACAAUAUGUUGAAAAUACAAAAUUCAGAUUUUUUAGUAAAGCAAGUACAAACAGGGAAUAAUUGUGCUGUCUUUGUUAUGAAAAAGAAAAAACCAAAAAGAAAGAUAAAAAAAUCAAUUAAAUACUUUAAUUAA